AUGGGGUUUCCCCGCUGGUGCUGCUGCUGCUGCAGUGAUGCUGCAGAGGAAAGGCCCUGCGAGCAGAGCCAGGCCGAUGGCCAGCAGUGGGACGCCCCAGCUGCUGCAGCUGCUUCUGCCGCUGCUGCUGCUCCUGCUGCAGGAGCUGCUGCAGCAGCUGCUGCAGCGCCUGCUGCAGUGCCUGCUGCAGCGCCUGCUGCAGCAGCUGCUGCAGAUAUCUUCAAGGUGAGUUUUAUCGCUGGGGUGCAGCAGCAGCCUUCCGACAGCAACGGCUUCGACCACUUCUUGCUGGAGCUCUACCCCCUGCAGCAGCAGCAGCAGCAGCAGCAGCAGCAGCAGCAGCAGCAGCAGCAGCAGCAAGUGGCCGACAAGCAGGAGCAGGAGCAGGAGCAGCAGCAGCAGCAGCAACAAACAGCAGGCGCAAACAAAGCUGCUUUGUUCUCUGCUGUGCUGCUGUCGCCUUUGCUGCCGCGGGCCCUGGCACUUGGGGGCUACAGCGGGCUGCUGCCUCUCAGCCUGCAGCAUUUGCUGCUGCUGCUGCUGCAGCAGCAGAGCAGCAACAGAGAGAAGGCCGAGUCCCUCAUGCUAGGACAUGAAGCUGUGGUGCUGGGAGUGGGCCCCAUGCGCGGGCGGCGCGGCUUUGUUGCUGCUGUUGACAGCAGCAGCGGAGCAGCGCUGCUGCAGCUGGCAGCAGAGGGUGAAGUGGUUGCAGUGAGGUGUACAGACACUUACUUGCUGUCCCCCUUCAGCGAGCGCAUGCUGCUGCUGCAGGCGUAG